AUGGGCAUCAACAACCCAAUUCCACGGAGCUUGCGCAGCGAGUCCAAGAAAGCAGCGAAGAUUCUCGCCAGCUUUAUCAAGCCUAACCAGUUUGUUGGCGCCGACCAGGUGAUCCCUCCUCAUGUGUUGAAGAAUGCUAAGGGUUUGGCUGUGAUUACUGUUUUGAAAGCCGGUUUUUUGUUUUCCGGUAGAGCAGGUUCUGGUGUCAUUGUGGCCCGUUUGCCUGACGGUUCCUGGUCUCCUCCAUCUGCUAUCGUCACCGCAGGUGCCGGUGUCGGUGGUCAGAUUGGUGCCGAACUCACCGAUUUCGUCUUUAUCUUGAACACAAAGUCGGCCGUGGACACUUUUGCCCAGAUGGGCUCGGUCACUUUGGGUACAAACAUCUCGGUGGCCGCUGGUCCUCUAGGAAGAAAUGCCGAGGCUGCUGGUACCGCCACGAUGGGUUCGGUUUCGGCGGUUUUCGCUUAUUCCAAGACCAAGGGUCUCUUUGCUGGUGUCUCGUUAGAAGGUUCCGCCAUUGUGGAGAGAAGAGAGGCCAACAGAAAGUUCUACGGCAGUAAUUGCAAGGCUAGAAACAUCUUAGCAGGCCAGGUGGAGGUUCCUCCUGCCUGUGAACCUCUCAUGCGUGUCUUGGAGAGUAGAGUGUUCAACUACAACAUCGACGGAGAGGACUACUUUGACGAUGACUACUAUGAUGACAUUCCAGACGAAUUUUCAGACCUGGCUUCUGAAUUUUCCAGAGGCGGUGCAGCCGCUGGUGGCGCUGCUGGUGCAAGAGGUGCUCGUAGAAACAGAAGAUACUCAGACGACUAUUCGGACGAUGACUAUGACUAUGACCCCGAACCUCGUCGUCCUUACAACCGCACAGAGUCUUACAGCCGAGGCUCGAAAGGUGGUCGACGCUCAGCCUGGGAGGACAACAUCUAUGACGGUCCAAGCCGCAGCCGCGGCGAUUCCGACGUGGAUAACCUUGGCCUGAGGCUCAGCAGAACUAGACUCGGAGAGGCAGACAGCCCUUCCAGACCAACGUCAUCAAAGCCAAACUUUGGUGGUGCUCAAAAGACCAAUUCCUCGCAGGCGAUUGCACUUUUCACAUUCAAGGGCGAGCAGCUGGGUGAUUUGCCAUUCAAGAAGGGUGAUGUGAUUGACAUCUUGAAGAAGUCUGAAACCACAGAUGACUGGUGGACCGGCAGAAACAACGGCGUUAGCGGCAUCUUCCCUGCCAACUACGUUGAGUUGAUCUAA